ACCGAGGCAACUCCCAGCUGUGCUGACGACAUGGUUGACACCCCGAGAGACGCCGGGCUCAAGCCGGCACCUGCGCCGCAGAAUGAGAAGGCCCCCGUGGACUUUGGCUAUGUGGGCAUUGACUCCAUCCUGGAGCAGUUGGGCAAGAAGUCCAUGAAGCAGGGCUUUGAGUUCAACAUGAUGGUGAUCGGGCAGAGCGGCUUGGGGAAGUCCACCUUGAUCAACACCCUCUUCAAAUCCAAAAUCAGUUGUAAGUCAGUGCAGCCGCCCAGCUCAGAGGAGCGCAUCCCCAAGACCAUCGAGAUCAAGUUCAUCACGCAGGAUAUCGAGGAGAAGGGAGUCCACGUGAAGCUGAUGGUCAUCGACACGCCAGGCUUCGGGGACCACAUCAACAAUGAGAACUGCUGGCAGCCCAUCAUGAAGUUCAUUAGCGACCAGUACAAGAAGUACCUGCAGGAGGAGGUGAACAUCAACCAGAAGAAGCACAUCCCUGACACACGCGUGCACUGCUGCCUGUACUUCAUCCCAACCACCGGCCACUCCCUCAGGCCCUUGGACAUUGAGUUCAUGAAGCGCCUGAGCAAAGUAGUCAACAUCGUUCCGGUCAUCGCCAAGGCCGACACGCUGACCCUGGAGGAGAGGGUCUACUUCAAACAGCGUAUCACCCCCGACCUGCUGUCCAAUGUUAUCUAUGUGUACCCCCAGAAGGAAUUUGACGAGGACACGGAGGACAGGUUGGUGAACAAGAAGUCCCGAGAAGAUGAUCCCAUUCCUGUGGUGGGCAGUGACGAGUACCAAGUGAAUGGGAAGAGGAUCCUCAGCAGGAAAACCAAAUGGGGCACCAUCGAAGUUGAGAACAUCAUGCACUGUGAGUUUACUUACCUGAGGGACCUCCUCAUCAGGACGCACAUGCAGAACAACCACGACACCACCAGCAGCAUCCACUUUGAGGCCUACUGCAUGAAGCGCCUGCACAAGAGCAACAUGGCCAACUGCAUGGAGGGCCAAGAAUCAAGGGCCCAGGAGAUGUAG